GAUGGGGCCGUGAAGAAUUUGAUGAGAGAUAAUUCGACCAUAAAAACUUUUCAUGAUAUAAAUUAAACCUUUAUCUCAUCCCUUCCAGUACUAUAUAUCAUAACGUAAUCAGACUGACGCAAAUUAGGGUUUAUGAAUAUUUUAAUCUUUGAAUUUUUUUGUGUGUGGUAAUCCUAAUUUGAAUUCAAAGGUGGUUCAACGAAACCCAGCAUUUGACGGAAGCUGGUUAGGAUGAAAUAACUAAAUGAGUCAGAAGAAACCCAGGUUGAUAAAUUAUUUAUGGACGGAUAUCAAAUUGUUCUGUAGUUCAUAAUGUGAGGUAUUGCAAAAGAACUACCCAUUGCUAAUUUCUAAUCAUGUGAAGAUCCACUGCUUACUAUCAAACUUGAAAUAGGGUGUGGAUGCUGAUGCAAUGGAAAUUCUACUUCAGUCAGUAAGCAGAAAAGAAGUAGAUAUCUUGAAGUCAAAUAAUAUCCUGUCAGUACUUCAGGCUUCAAACAUGCUUCAGUUCGAAUCCAUUCAGAAGACUUGUGUUGAGAUGAUUGUUCAUCAGUGGCUUAGUGUCUCAACUUGCCUCCAGACAAUGGUAACUGCUGAAGAACUAGACCUAAUGACGCUGCAUCAUAAGGCUCAAGCUUUGGCACUGUGGGAAUUUUCUAAAGUGAAAGAAACUGAUGCUUUCCUUGAACUCCCAGUUGGCUACAUAGAAAAAUAUCUUGGAAAUGAUGGACUGAAUGUUACACAAGGAGAAUUUGAAGUGUUUGAAGCUGGUCUUUGUUGGUUACAAGAUAAACCAGAAGAAAGAAAGGAAUGUGUUCUCAGAAUUCUAGACUGUGUUCGGUUUGCUGAUAUUCCAUUGUCAGAUAUUAAAACAAUGCUUCUGUAUCCAGUUAUUGGUGAGAAUACAGAAUAUGUACAGAUUGUACAGUCCAUAAUAUAUAUUAAAGGAGGGAAAAAACCAGAAGAACUUUUCAGUAUUGAUGAAUAUGAUGUCCGAACUCAAACAUCAAGAGAUUCUUUGGAAAUAGAUGAAGGGGUAUUAUUCAGUGAGGAAAUAAAUUCUGCAUCAGAACAAAAGAAAGCCAAACAAUGCAGUUGUUCUUCCAAGAAAGAUAAGGUCCAGGUGUAUGUCGAAAGGCUUAAAAUCAUAAACAGCUGUUGCUGCUGUACUUCUGUUGAAGAAACUACAGUUCCUGUCAAGGACGGUGAAGUGUUUGUAGAAACCAGUCACCCAACAGAUAGUGAGAUCCAUGAAGAAGACCAUAUCCGAUUUACUGUUGCAACAGUUACAGCAGCAAGAAGACUACUGUCCACACCGUCACGUACAUUGCCACUGCUGCCAUGUGUAGUUGGCCAUAAAAGAGAUUGGAUAGGUUUCAAACAAAGAGAUUCAAAUGACAAUAAUGAAGGUGGAAAAAUUACAGCUUGCGAUGGUAAACCAUACGUUAUAUAUUACCAAGAAGGGAAAACACAGCACCCAGUACCGUUUCUUCAUUUGUCAAAGGCAAAAGAGGGACCUCUUGAACCAACAGGUUACAAGGUUAUCUGUAAAGGGCAAGAUUUGUACAUGAUUGGUGGUGAAUAUUUGCUAGGUUAUGGCAACUGGCAUCAGUCUGUUUGGAAAUAUGAUGUAAUCAGAGAGAUGUGGAAUUUUGAAACAAGCAUAGCAUCACCACGGAGGCAUCACUCUGUAUGCUACCUAGAUGACUACAUCUACAUUAUAGGUGGCUUUGGUCGGCAUCGUGUUAUAAUGGAUUCUGUUGAAAAGUAUCAUGUUGGAUCAAAAUGCUGGAGCCGCUGUGCCUCACUGCCUCAUAGCCAGUACUCUGCAGCAUGCUGCGCCUUCAAGCAGCAAAUAUUUGUAUUUGGGCCGCAAGUCUACAUCUAUCAUCCAAGUUCUGAUAACUGGUUCAUUAUGCCAGAAGCAGCACUUCCAUCAAACAUGUCUUUCAACUGUGCCAUGCCACAUGGUGAAUGGAUAUAUCUCACUGGUACAUACUCCACAGAACUUGUUCGAUUUUCUCCACACUUCAGCAUUACUGAUAUUGAUGGCCAGACUUCAAGGUUUGAGCUUCUUGGCCACUUCUGUCACAACACAUCCAACACUUGUCUUGUGCACAAUGUCAUCUACUCAUUCUCCACUGAUGAAAGUGAUGCUAUGUAUGUAGAAGCAUAUUCGCUCACCUCAGGAACAUUCAGUGUGUUGUGGAAUGGUCAUUCAAACACACAGGAUGCUAAUGGCAUAUCUGACUUCAGCCCAAAACAUAGCAUUGGUUGUUUUCCCUUGAUAAAAUAUUAAAUACCUGCAAUUUCUAUAACUGGUUGCAAUAUAAAAUGAGAAUAUUAUUUACAGCAGAAAAUGAUGGUAUAUUUUGUGACUUCUGUGCCUGUUUUCAAUCUUCUGUGGAGUCACCAAACCUAUGCUGCAGAAUUUUAUGUUCUUGUGGCAUGUAAAGUGUAAACAGGACUCAGCAUUCAUUUGGUGAUUGGAUAUCAUGUUUUCUUUUAUUUCUUAAUGUAGAGCACCUAGAGUCAGCUAUGUCUAGUCUUUAGUUGUUAGGAUAUGUAUAUACAAUUUUAUGGGAAAUGUGUUUCAAACUGUGGGAUCAUAUUAUACACAUAAAGUUGGGUGAAAAAUGAUAUGUCAACAUGUGUCUGAUUGUCAACCAUUUAAUUUAUAGGAGUAUUGUAAUUUUUGUACAAUGUACUGUACUGUUAAUCAGAGAUGGGGCACUUACACUGUAGAACAUUUACUAUACAGACAACACACAUGACAGAAGGUGUCAUGAAUGAAUGAAUGUAUAUGUAUGCGCAUGUGCAUGUCACUUCCUGUGAUUCCUUUUUCUUGUUGCCACCUAUGUAUAAUUAAAAUUCCUGUAGUAGUGUAAUGGUAGAUGUCAUCCAUAGUGGUACCAUUGUUCACAGUAAUGUCAUGGUUGGCAGACAUGUUGUUGCAGCAUUUUUCACCCAAAACUGCAUGUAUAAUAUCAUAUUGUAGUUUGGCACAUGUUUUGCAGAACAUGGUAUUUUUGUAAGGUAGAUGUAGAGUGGAUUUCUCAAAAAUUUACAAACCAAAGGAAUGUCAGUAAUUUUUUCAUGAGUUGAAUAGCUUUGUCAGUAGAGUGACAUGCUACAAAUUGGACUAUGGGGUUCCUUUCCUAGGCAUGUUUUUAUCUUCCGCACCUCAUCCAUACCAGCUCUGAAGCUCAACCACCUUCCCAUGCAGUUAGUGCUGAGGACUGUCUGACUAGUCAUGAAGCAGCCAUAAGGCUAACCCCUCUCCCUCAUCAAGUGCAGUGGUUAGGAGUGAGUACAGAUUUACCUUCUUUGCCUCUGAACUCCUACAUGGCAUGGUGCGUAGGCACAGAACCAAUUUAUGUUAGAUAAUCAGAACACUUCGCUACUGUUUACAAAAUACAAACAUCUACAGCAAAUUCAAGUCUUUCUAGUCUGCUGUGCCGUUACAUACUUUGCUUCAAAGAAUGGGGAUUCAUCCUUUGUUUCUGUGCUUGAUAGCUUACUUUGCUGGUGGAAAGUGGUAUGUCCUAGAUCAGCUGUAUGCCUUGAAGGAGAUCUGAUAUUCUGAUAUUCUCAGGAGCAUGUACUCCAUCUCUCUCUCUGGAGGAGUAUUAUUCUGAUCUGUAUGGGGUUGUUUCAGCAUUUACUGUGUUGUAUUGUUGAUUCUUUGCUCGUGUUGGUUUGAAGUAGCUGGUGUUGGUAUAUCAUGUUUUUGACUGCUCUUGUUAACAGAAUGUUCAAAUUCAGGGUCUGGUGACUGUCUUAACCCUUCCAUUAUUUUCCUCUGCUCCCUGAUACAAAUCAGGACCCCCAUGUUGAAUUAAUCACAGAGGCUCUGAGUCCACUUGUCAGCAGAUGCAUUCUUCGCUUGUAUGUUGAUUUGCCUUCAGUUUCAGAGUUUAGUCUUUGCAGAGGUUCUUGGGUCCAUUGGUCAGCAGAUGCCAGUACAUCUUCCAACUGUGUCUUCAUAGUCUAUUCAAAUAUGGAGUUUUUCGCAGCUUCCAUUUAUGCCUGGCUGGCCCUCAUUUGAUCCUUGCAGUCCUUUAACAUGGCCUCUGUCUUUUCUUGAGUGACAGUUAUGAUGGCCUUCAUUUUUCCUGGCAUCUCUAAUUUCAGUUUUUGACUGAUCUUCAUUCCUUGCUUGGCAACUGUUAGUUGCUCCAUGUCCCCCAUGAUCAGCUGUCAGAUCAGUUCCAAUCCAGCAGUCUACAGUUCAGUCCAGACCCGCUCUUCUGACAAGAGUUGUCAUGGGUUAGUGAUUAUACACAGGAUUCAAAUUGAUAACUGAAUUUAUUGUGAUGUUUAUUACUUUCAACUGUCAAUAUUUAUAACAAGGACCCAGAUUCUGAUGACCUAAAAAUAUUUUUAAAAUGACCAAAAAAAUCCAGAAAGAUGACCUAUAUAAUGACCGUCAGGCCGCGCC